CGGCGGGAUGGGCUGGGCUGGGCUGGGCUCGGCACGGCUCGGCUCGGCACGGCGGGGUUCGGCACGGCACGGCUCGGCUCGGUUCGGCACGGCCGGCACGCAGCGCGCUCCCGCAGCCGCAGGGCUCGCUCUCCCUCUCGGAAUCUUGGAUAGAGCUGGGAUUAAUUCGAGCUCUCUUGCCUGAAAGAGAUGUUCCGUUUAAAAUUCCCAAUCCCGAAGGCAUAUUGGAGUUUGGUUCUAGGGAUGGCACCCACAGAGCCCGAGGCCGCCCCGGCCCGCCGGUGAGGUGCCCCCAGCAGCCCCCCCGAGCCCCCAGGCCAGAGCACCAUGAACAAGCUGCCCUUCCACAACAACAGAGUCAUGCAGGACCGGCGCAGCGUGUGCAUCUUCCUCCCCAACGACGACUCCCUCAACAUCAUCAUCAACGUGAAGAUUUUGUGCCAAGAGUUACUGGUGCAGGUGUGUGACCUCCUGAGGCUGAAGGAUUGUCACCUCUUCGGGCUCAGCGUCAUCCAGAACAAUGAGCAUGUGUACAUGGACCUGGCCCAGAAGCUCUACAAGUACUGCCCCAAGGAGUGGAAGAAGGAGGCCAGCAAGGUCAGCGGUGAGGUCUUGCAUGGAGAGCUGAGGCCACCUCUGUCCCCAUCACAGGGCAUCGACCAGUUUGGCCCCCCCAUGAUCAUCCACUUCCGAGUGCAGUACUACGUGGAGAACGGGCGGCUCAUCAGUGACAGGACAGCUCGGUACUACUACUACUGGCACCUGAGGAAGCAGGUGCUGCACUCCCAGUGUGUGCUGAGGGAAGAGGCUUAUUUCCUGCUCACUGCCUUCGCCCUGCAAGCCGACCUGGGGGACUUCAAGAGGAACAAGCACUACGGGAAAUACUUCGAGCCCGAGGCCUAUUUCCCUGCCUGGGUGGUUGCCAAGAGGGGCAAGGAUUACAUCCUGAAGCACGUCCCCAACAUGCACAAGGACCAGUUUGCCCUGACAGCCUCAGAGGCCCAUCUCAAGUACAUCAAGGAGGCCGUCAGGCUGGACGAUGUGGCCGUGCACUACUACAGGUUGUACAAGGACAAAAGGGAAGUGGAGGCCUCCCUGACUCUGGGGCUGACAACACGGGGCAUCCAGAUUUUCCAGAACCUGGAUGAGGAAAAGCAGCUGCUCUAUGACUUCCCAUGGACGAACGUGGGGAAACUGGUGUUUGUGGGCAAGAAGUUCGAGAUCCUGCCGGACGGGCUGCCCUCGGCGCGGAAGCUCAUCUACUACACGGGCUGCCCGCUGCGCUCACGCCACCUCCUGCAGCUGCUCAGCAGCAGCCACCGGCUCUACAUGAACCUGCAGCCCGUGCUGCGCCAGGUGCGCCGGCUGGAGGAGAACGAGGAGAAGAAGCAGUACCGGGAGUCGUACAUCAGCGACACGCUGGACCUGGACAUGGAGCAGCUGGAGAAGCGCUCGCGCGCCAGCGGCAGCAGCGCCGGCAGCGCCCGGCACAAGCGGCUGUCCCGGCACUCCACGGCCUCCCACAGCAGCUCCCACACCUCCGGCAUCGAGGCCGACCCCAAGGCCAGGGAAAUGGGGCCUGAGGACGCCUUCUCUGGUGGUGCCCACCGCAAGCUGAAGACCUGCAGCUCCAUGACCAGCCACGGCAGCUCGCACACCUCGGGCGUGGAGAGCGGCGGGAAGGAGCGGCUGGAGGAGGAUUCCCAGGAUGACGAGAUUGAGAUGCUGGUGGAUGACCCCCGGGAGCUGGAGCAGGCUGGGGAGAUGGAGGUGAGCCCCGACAUGUGUGUCUACAUCACCGAGGACAUGCUGCUGUCCCGCAAGUUCAACGGGCACUCGGGACUCAUCGUGAAGGAGAUCAGCUCCUCCACCUCCAGCUCCUCAGAGACCGUGGUGAAGCUGCGCGGGCAGAGCACCGACUCCUUACCCCAGACGACGUGCAGGAAACCCAAGACAUCAACAGACAGGCACAGCCUGAGCCUGGAUGACAUCAGGCUCUACCAGAAGGACUUCCUGCAGCUGGCCAACCUGUGCCAGGACACGGCACAGAGCUUCACCUUCGGCUGCGCCCACGGCCUGGACCACGAGGGGCUCUACUGCAACGGCUGCCUGGCCCAGCAGUGCAUCAACAUCCAGGACACCUUCCCUGUGAAAAGAACCAGCAAAUAUUUCUCCUUGGAUCUGACCCACGACGAGGUGCCCGAGUUCGUGGUGUGAGCGUGGGGAGGCUCCGGCGCCGCCCUGCCCUGCUCCCUGCAGACCGUGCUGGAGACCUUGGCCCUGCUGGGGAAGGGGCAGGAUGGGGAUCCCGCGGGCACAGAGUGGAUUCCAGAGGAGUUUGUGCCCAACACAAGCUGUCUCGUUCCGAGGGGCAGGGGCGCAGCUCAGCUGGAGCUGGCAGGAGCCCGCCUGUGCUUUGUCGUGGCCUCUCUCCCCCCACUCCUUGCCCCCAGGUGACUCUGGGGUGGAUGGAAAGUGCCAGACUGUCUUGUUCAAGCCAAGCCAAAGAAAUGUAAAUAACCCUAAAGGCCAGUAUGGGAAGGGAGAAUUAAGCAAUAACCAGCCAGGUGAUGUUCCAUGGAGGAAGGCAUGGCCAGCAGCUCCUGGGGCAGAGCGUGAGCCCAGUUUUUUUCCAAAAACACGUGCUGGAGGUCAGGCCACAGCAGUCCCAGCCAGGUGGAUGAUGGCUGGAAGCUCUCAGAGCCAUUUGCAACUUGGUUUUUAUUUUUUUUUUUUUUUUUUUUUUUUU